UUCAACUGCAAUAUGAAGCAAGAAGUGGCAGAAAAAACUGGGAGUCAACUGAUUCAAAUACCUUUCCUGACAGACAAUGUCUGAACAGUGAGAAUUCACCCACCAGAAACAGCUGGAAUGAUGAAUACAAUUAUGUUUUUCAUUCUUAUCUUUGUGUCAAGUUCACAUCAAUUAACUGGGCCCAAGGAGGUUCGUGGAGAAGUUGGAGGUUCAGUCACUGUCGACUGUCGCUAUGAUCAGAAAUACAAUGAGCAUAAGAAACAAUGGUGUAAGGGUUGUGUCUUCAUUACCUGUUCUGUUAUUGUUUCGACUGAUAAUCCACAAAAACAAGGUGUAUCAUUGACCGAUAACAAAACACGCGGGAUAUUUUCAGUAACCAUGGAUAACCUGAGGAAGAGUGAUGAAGGAUUAUACUGGUGUGAGAUAGAAGUAACUUUGCUAAACAUAAGGGAUUCCGUCAAAUUAAAAGUUUUUGAAGCCAAACAACUAAAGGAUCAACUGAAAUGUCAGCCACAGAACAAGAAUGCAACAGAACUCCACUUGAAGAUGGGUCAGAAGAUUCAUUAAAUCAUGCAAGAAAGUCCAAAGUAUUUCACCAUGUAUUUAGAAGUUAGUCUGUAAUGUUCUGAUUAUUCACACUUGAAUACAAUCUGAAAGGCUUUGUAAACAAUAGAAUUUACUUCUCGAUAUUUUUAUAAUUGAGUUUUGGGAGGGCACUGUCUGUCUGAACAUUGUACAGCUCACGG